CAGCGCUCCGACACAUCGGAGGUCGUGAGGCUGCUGGUGAAUUGCAAUUGGGAUACGGAGCCACCAUGAACGAGGGGCUUUUUUUCGUGUUUUACAAAUUGCUGCACGAUUAAUUCAGCCUUUCUCCUGGGGAGGAUUUUGUCCAAUGGUCCCGCACGGGAAUGAUCAUUCUCGGUUUGGCUUUGGUACAGAGGACCAUGGAGACCUCCGAAGACAUCGGUCAUGCUUUGUGGUGAGGGAGCAGCUGGGUGUGUGAGUCGUAAAGUCUCCACCUAUACAUCACAUGGAGGUCAAAGGACAUCUGAUCACAUCCAUGGGUUUAGGGGCUCCUGAUGUUCAAGGCUGCCAGGACAGCAAGCUGCAGGCUGAGAGGAUUGCUGCGCUGCAAGAGAGGAAGCAGGCCCUGGAGGCUCUCCUCAAAACCAGAGUGGGAGAGCUUAAACAAGUCUGUCUGCAGGAAGCAGAGCUGACUGGGAAGUUGCCACGUUCUUUCCCCCUGGAGACGGGAGAGAAACCCCCACUGGUGCAGCGCAGAGCUGGCCUGCCGCCCAUCGCCAAGGCAGAGGAUGAGGCCGCCCAAAGGAAGCAGAUGAAAGCCAUCUUCACGGGUGCUCUGUACAGACACUCAGAAUCAGACAGAAAUGUACCAAACAGCAAGAGGACAGUUCAUCGAGGCUGUCACACAGAGGACACUGUCAUGUCAGAGAGUACAAGCUCCAUGUCAGAUUCCACAUCCCAUGACAAUGAAUCAUCUCCUAGUGUUGCUGCCGACCAGCGCUCACUGUCUCAGCCUCGGCUCACUGUGGGAAGCCCUGACCACAGGAUCAGCAGGAAGCUGUCUCCAGUUGAGAUUUACUAUGAGAUGAGGACACGUCGCAACUCAGUCACAAGCUCUGUCAGCCCAACUCACUCUUUACCCAGAAGUGCAUCUAAUGUUGAAGGCAGAAGUGUUCCAGCUACUCCUCUUCUGGCACGAACUGCUCCAAUCAGCGUUCAUGUCAGGUCUGACACAUCGAGUGGGAAUGGUCUGAAGCAGUGGUCUGGUAGCCUGGAUGUGCCCUACAUGAUUCCACUGGCCCAAGAAGGUUCUUCAUCUGACCGCCGAAGCUGCCCGUACAGCUCCCGGGCCAGGCGCAGCAACAGCUCCGAGGCCCUUCUGGAUAGAUCGAGCCUCCCUGACGAUCCUGCUCCCAGAAAUGGGAUGCCCCCUAAAGGAGGGCCCUACAAGAGCUCAGAGACACUGACUGAUGGGAAGCUGCGACAGAUCCACCAGGGCAGCCCUGAGAGACAUGCAGGCGCCUCAGUGGAACAGGCCAAAAUGCGUCUGUCCAUGGGCGGCAGAGGUGCCAGCGGAGGCUACAAUGAGCUACUGAUGGACUAUAUUUGGGGGAAACAGCAGAGGAUGCAAGUGCAGCACCACCUGUACCAGUCCACAGGCAGGAUCUGGCAGGACAUGACUUCUCCUCGCUCCUCUACUGCAGCUGUGCCUCCACAUGCCAACGGCUUUUCUCAUUCCCAGGUGCACCUCCCCAGUGCUGCAACUCCCUACAGCCCCAUGGUCCUCAGAGGAUCUCAAGCUGAGCUACGCAGGGUCAAAGUAACCAGAACCAAAUCAUGUGGUCCCUUUAUUCCUUUGCAGCAGCACACCCAGGAUGCCAUACUGCUGUCGACUUACGAGUCCCCCCUCCCUGCCUCUGGCACCACCACAUCCUCCAUCCCCAACCUCCACCCCUACCAGACUGAGCUGACUGGCCCCUCAUUCAGCCGCAGACCCCCACAGUUCUCUCUCCCAACCCCAGAAGACUCAACAAGAAGCCUGCAUAAAGCGCUGGCUUUGGAGGGUCUGAGGGACUGGUACCUGAGAAACGCCCUUGGGUACCCUUCUUCAGCCUCAAAGGGUCAUGAGGCAGGAAUAUCUCGCCUCUCACAUCCACACCCAUUGGUACACCCAGCUCAAUCUGUUCAAGGUGAAACAGCCAACCUCCAUAGAGCCCAGAUACCCCAGUCAGCUAGCUUCCAUGGUCACCCGCUACAUGGAAGGUCGAUGGAGUUCUCUCUCUAUCAGGAAACUCCACAGAUGCAAGAAGCGACCCCAAAGGAACCCAGUGCAGACCCAGGCACCCUAGUCUGAUGCAGCAGAUUACACACAAACACAGAGUUUAUGAGUGAAAAUACUGUAGCCUCACACGUUUUCUGAUAGUGACACACACAGACAAGCUGAUACAAUGUGACCUCAAGAGCAAAUCAAAACAUGGCAACCUCAGCAGAAAGAGACUGGAAUAAAUGACAAGCUGUAGCUGAACAGUGAGAAAAAGCCUUGGCAAGUUCCCCUUGUUAUAACUGAUCCCACCAGUAUGUGAACCUCAAACUAUGUGUUCUCAUGGAUGUGCACUGGAAUUUACUUAUCUGACAGUACGGUCAUGCUGUGUACCAAGAAUUUAUGGUUCAACACUAGCAGUAGAAUCCUUAUGACCCCCGAGAAUCCCAAGAUAUACUUUUUUACAGAAUAUAUACAACUCUAAAUCACUAUUUUGUAUCUUCUGAGAUAUAAAGAACAGUUAUAUUCAAGAGGUAAUUUAUUGCUCAUUAUUCAUGUGAUAUACAAAGAUGUUAUAUGAGCUCACAUCAUUUGAGUAUUACUACAUGCCAGUGAAUGUGUGUUUGUACACCUAAACAACAGAAAAAACAUGGUUUUGUCUUCAUCUGACAUUACUUUUACAGCCAUUUGUAUUUUUAUGAUUGAUAAAUGAAACGGGGGCCAUGAACUGUAGCAUACUGGCAUGGAGAACGGCAGUGCCUAAGUGUUAGAAAAUGAAAACUUGGUUGGAAAACUUUAAAGUGCAUUCUUGUGAUCUGAAAUGCAAGCUUCUAUAGUGAAAUCAAAAACUGAAAGCAGGUCACCAUGUCACCAAAUUAGGGGAUAUGAAAUGAUGUCAUAUAUAUAUCGACUUUUUGUUUUCUAGUUUCAGCUCGGUGCUGGCUAAUAAAUGUAGCUUUUUAUGUGCUGAUCUUGAGAGAAUAUUUAGACCACUUUUAGGAGAAACCUGAGGGCUGUUAUGAGACCUACUGUAUGGCAGUAGCACAUGACUAUAUGACAUUGAGUACAAAAUAUCAAAUCUGUUUUUUCUGCAUUCAUUUGUGGAGGAUUUGAGUGUCAUAUAGAGCACUUUAUGAACAUCUUAAGCCUUAAAUCCCUAAAUAUUGUCACCAAGAGAUGACAGAAAGUUGGAAGGUUUCGACAGGGUUUGUAAAUCUGGAAAAAUCCAGGGAAAAGGAUUUUUAUCAACAUCUACUAAAGGUCUUUGAGUGUUAGCCUGUACAUAGAGUGGACUGUACUAUUGAGUUUCAAGCUGAUAUUUUAUUCCUAUACUAACAGUAUGAUUUUUCAACUAACCACACAAUAUGUAUUUAAUCAAAAUAACCCCCCCACUCAUUCCACCCUGAAAUGAGCACUAUGUAGUCAGCUGUACAAAGUGAGAAUGGUAGCGUGAACAGAAUAGGGCUGCUGCAGUUUUGAAUGACGGUAUGAGCAGGUCUCAUACCAGUAAAUUUGUUAAUGAGAAUUCAUGCUUUUUGAAUUUUUUAUUAGUAAUGAUUGCAACUCAUUCUUGGUCUUGUGUGUUUUUUUGGAAAAGAAAAGUACAUUUUUUAAAAUCCAGGGUAGUUAUGUGUCAUAAUGUAUUUCUAAGUUAGUAUCAGUUGUGUUAGAUUCUGUGAUAUGUUUCUGAAAAAUCAGAAUAAUAAUGGAUAUCCCCAAGAAAAAUGAAAAUAACCCUCUCAGUGUAAACAAAAGUAUAUUUCAUUUUUUUCCCCUUUUAAUGUGCUUGAUCUUUAGCCAUCUUGAGACUCAUAUGAAUGUAAUUAUUUUGUCAUAAGUGAUGUUUUCUACUCUUACAAACGGUAGCGAACUGUUGAAUGUUUACCUGGUUUAUUCUGCUGUCUGAUGUGUUCACAUCUUCUCAGUAUCCUGCUUCAUGCAACUUCUUCCAGCGCGUGAAGUCCUAAAAUCUAAGACCAAACUGCUGUGCACUGGGGGUCAUAAAUGUAUUUUUCAUAUAUGUACUCUGUAUCGUACUCUCAGUUAAAAUAAAUGAUAUAAAUUUAGCUCUGAAGCAAAUUUAUUCAAACUAUAUUAUAUUUAUGAACAUAUAACAUUUUGUAGCUAUCUAGUGUAGCUCUCACCUGUGAGGGCUUUGUGUGUUAAAACAUUUCAUUCAGCAGUGUGAUGUGUUAAUAUUUUUUCUUUUUUUAGAUAUUUAAGUGCAGCUGUUUUCUCUUCCCCCUCUCUUUAUUAGCAGGCCUAUGAGAUAAGACUAAAUACAGCCUGCUCUAUACUGUAUGUAUGAGA